GUGGUUCGCGAUAUGGCUGGAAAACGUGGAGAGGGCCGUGGCCGAAGGCGCCGAGUUGGAAGUCUACUUCUUCAAAGGGAGGGUGGGCAAGGGGAAAGCGGAGCACUUCCUAACGGCUGGAAAAGAGCGCCUGCGGUGUGAGGCGAUUUCUGAACAGAAGGAGGCCUUCAUGAAGUCACAAGAGUUUCUUGCAAUCAAGAGCGAUCUUGAGCAUCUUCAGAGAGAGCCACGAGGAGACUCGACAUCCCAAUACUCGAGGGAGCUUCAGCGGCUCUUCUUCGCUUCGCUGUCGGAGGAGGACCGCAGCUUCAUGGAGGCCUCGGAAGGCCUCGGUGACUCCCAGAAGGCUGAAGUGGCAUGGUUGGACUGGAAGGGCCAUCGUUACACCGAAGUCGAUGUGUCCACCUGGCUCGUAGAUGAGCAAACCUCGGCCCCGUGA